CGUGAAACACGCAUAAAGAAUAAUUUUCUUUUGACCUUUUUGCGCAAUGGUAAAUUUAUAAACGAUUGAGCUAAUUUGCAUCGACUCAUUGACUUCGUAUCCAUCAGACCAUUUCUGGUGAUCCAGUUUGUAGGUCAAUUGAGUAUAUAUUUCUGUUCUUACACUACUCUUAGCCUUAGCUGCUAGAUCAUCGCUGACCAGGUACGACCGAUUAAUGGCUGCUUCUUCUUCUUCUUCUGGCCUUCAUCGGAAAUACGGUGUGUUCCUCAAUUUCGGAGAGGACACCUUCGGCAGCUUCGUCAGCCAUCUUUACAAAGCUCUGCGUCAGAAACGAAUUGAUACCUUCAUUCAUAUCGAAAAGGUCAGAAAAGGUGACCGCCUUUCCGAGCCCCUGACAGCGAUUCGAGAGUCAAGGCUCUUGCUUGUAGUUUUCUCUCAAAACUAUGCUUCUUCCACUCGGUGCUUGAAAGAACUCGUGGAAAUCCUGAAAUGCAAUGGUACCAAUGAACAGAUUAUGGUCCCCAUUUUCUACCAAGUUGAUCCAUUUGAUGUUCGUAACCUCAAGGGAAGUGUCGAGGGGGCUUUUGCUCGGACCGAAAUGGAUGAGAGCUGGAGAUCCGCUCUUGAAACGGCCGCCCAGUUUUCCGGCUGGGAUUCGCGAAAGUUUGAGGAUGAUGCGGAUCUUAUUAAGAAAAUUGUAGAAGAUGUUUUCGGGAAAUUGAAACCCAUCGCACCAACACCAAGCGAAUACGAUGUGUUCAUCAAUUUCAGAGGAGCAGACACUCGCAAGGGCUUCGUCAGCCAUCUUUACAAGGCUCUGUGUCAGAAAUCAAUCAGCACCUACAUUGAUAACCAAGCGCUCAGAAAAGGCGACCCCCUUUCCAAUCUCCUGACAGCGGCUCGAACGUCAAAGAUUUCGAUUAUAGUUUUAUCACAAUCCUAUGCUUAUUCCCCUUGGUGCUUGAAAGAACUCGUGGCAAUAUGGGAAUCCGACCGUAUCAAAAACCGUAUUCUGAUCCCCAUUUUCUACCUAGUCAGUCCAAAUGAUAUUCUUACUCUCCAGACAGGUUCGGAGGAAGCUUUUGCUCAGCACGGUUCCGAUUCCAAUGCCGAAGUGGGAGUGGUUUGGAGCAGGAGAUCCGCUCUUCCAAUAACCCCCAAUAUAUCCGGCUGGGUUUCGCGCCAAGGGGAUGAUGAAGCAGAGCUUAUUGAGCUCAUUGUAGAAGAUAUUUCUAGGAGAUUGAGCCAUAUCUCAUCAACGUCAAGCAAAGAUAAAGACUUGGUUGGAAUGGAUUCGCAUAUGCAUGAAAUGCUUUUACUAUUAUAUCCUCGUCCUCCUGGGGAGGAAUUGGAUGAUGUUCGCGUUGUUGGAACAUGGGGUGGGAGUGGUUUAGGCAAAACAACCAUCGCUAGAGCUGUUUAUGAUAAAAUCGCUUGUCAAUUUGAAGCUUGUUGCUUUCUUGCAAAUGUCAACGAAGAUUUCAUGAAGCACGGCAAACUACAUAUGCAGACAGAACUUCUAUCUAGUAUCUCGAAAAACAAGGUGGGGAGUUCCGACAUUUCGAAGGAAGGUUUCCAGGUGAUGUUAAAUAAACUAGGUCAGAAAAAAGUUCUUAUUGUUCUGGAUGAUGUGGACACAUUAGAACAAAUUGAAGCUUUACUUGGAGGGCAACAUUCCUUUGGUGGUGGAAGUAGAAUCAUUAUAAUAACUAGAGAUGUGCAAUUACUUAGCAGAGCUGAUGUACUAUAUAAGCCCAAGAUUUUCAAUAAUGAAGCUCCGGAAUUCUUUAGCCAAUAUGCCUUCAGAAGAAACCAACCCACCACAAAUCAUGAUGAUCUUUCGAGGCGUUUCAUACAUUAUGCUCAAGGUCUACCUUCGAAGCUCCAAGUCUUUGGAUCCUCUCUUCGUGGCAAACCUGUAGACAAGUGGGAACAAGCAUUAGGAGAAGUAAGGGAAAUCCUGCAAAGGGAAAGUCAUGAUUUACUGGAGCAAAUGGACCGGGAAUUAGCUCGUCAAGAAUCUGGGUUGUACGGUUAUGAAGAUAUUUAUCGUGCUCUAAAUCAAAAUACGCUAAAAAUGCUAGGAGAACAAUCUUUCAAUGAUGCUUAAAGGGCUGGUUGCUGGUGCUAGUAAAAAGAUUCUUGAAGUGUUGUUUGUGGUGAUAUGUUGGAGCUUGAGUAUUCUUUUCACCAGUUGGGUGGUUGUUUAUGGGGUUUGUUUUGUGUAUUAUGCUGUUUCAAUUUGCUCAAUGCGGUUUGUUUUUUAUUUUAUUUUUGUGGUUUGAGUUGUUGCUGCUUUCUUGCUACAUCAUUGUCCAUAACUUCAUACAAACGCAAGCAUGUAAUAAGUAUUUGUGUUUAUUUUUUGCUAUGACACCAUACUCUUUCGGAUCCUUUUGCAAAGAUGCUUUUAGGUGAA